GCGGACGCGCACCGGGAUCCCAGUCGUCCCCCCCUGCGAAGCCGACCGCAGCGCAGCGGCAGGGAGGUGAGGGUGCGUGCGAUGCGCGCGGCCGUGCUGAGGAGGCUCGCGCCGUACGGCGCAGAGCUGUUCCGCGUGCGCUCGCUCGCGCUGUGCAAGAGCCCUCUGCGCACCCUCACGCUGUUCUCGGCUCUCCACGUCGUCUUCUGGUUUGUUGCCCUGUCAUCUUUUCGCCCGCUUUUCCUCGUGUGCAGCGGCCUGAUUGUCGCUGUGUGCGUUGACACGUGGCGUAACGGGAUCUGGCCCAAGAUCAGAUCCUACCCACCAAAUGAAAAUGAAAGCCUUUUUAACAAACGGGAUGCAGGAUGCUCAGGGACCCUUAAUCUUUCUGAGCUCAGUAACCACAUCGCUGAGGUGUGCAUCAGUGCUUCAUGCUUUGCAAGGGGCCUUGUGGUCUACAGAAGACGAAAUCCAGGCCAGUUUUGUUUCCUGGCGUGUUGCUUCUUCACAUUUCUGGCAGCUGUAGGAUAUUACAUUCCAGGCCUUGUACUCUCAUACUCAGCUGUGCUACUGUUGCUGCUCUACCCCUUGGCAGUGAAUCACAGGGUAUGGCAGCGGCUGUCUGCACGCUUGGAGCCGGCCCUGUGGUGGCUGAACUUCAGUAACCCUGCCUACAUGAUGUCCAAACCCAAAGAGUACUCCAAGAGGCAAAGUGACCCUAAGGAUCCCGGUGCCCCUGAACUGGCUGAAUUCCCUUCUGUCAGUAAAGAUGACAAUAAGACCAGCAGUGGGUACCGUACCCUCAACCUGUCUGGUGGUGAUUCCUCCAGCACAGCCCCGAUGGAAGCUCCCGUUACUGCCACCUUCUCCAGCCUUAAUGGGGGUUCUCUGAGCAAUAUCCAGCCUUACGCCUUUGCUGGAACCCACAGCGAAGGCCAUUCUUGUAUGUCCACCGGCCAGAGAUAUUCGGAGCAGCCCAACGUUGAUCCAGAUCUUGAGGGGGAGGACUUUGAGAUGCUGGAUCGGUCAGAGCUACACCACAUGGACUCCUUGGGGCAAAAGGUGCAAUAAAAGAGUUUGGCUUCCGUACUCAUAUUCCGGGCACGACCCACUGAGGCUUCUCCCGCUGCUGUAUCAAAAAGAGAUUGAGGUGUAUGCGUAUUACAGUGUGAGUGUGGGUGUGUGUUUGGUGUUACUCAGAAUAUUUGGUUUGGCUUUCAAAUGAUACCACUGACGUAUUAUUUCUUGAUUUAUUGCAGUCAGCUCAUGUAAUAUUAACCAAACAUCAAAUCUUUUUUUUAAUUCAACUUUGGUCGCCUGCCUUCUAUUCAUUUCACUGUAAAUGACUGAUUGCCCUUAAGCAUUUUUUAUUCCUAACAUCCCUGAGCUCGACAUGAAGGAUCCAAUAGAAAUUUCUUGCAUAAACUGCUGUUUGUAUAUCCUUUUGAGUUACAGGAUUAUGAAUAUAUCUGGGGGUGAAUGAGGGAAAAAGGAACUUUACAGUAAAGUGGCUUCAUUGUCAUUUCAACCAUAUACAGCUGGUACCGUAUACAGUCAAACGAAACAACGCUCCUCCAGGACUGUGAUGCUACAUAAAACAAUACAAAGCUACUCACACAGGACUACACAAAGUGCACAUGUGCAAGACGUG